AUGACAGUUUCUAAAUCAACCAAUAUUCCUUUCUCAAGAGAAUCUUUAGAAUCAUUAUUAAAAAGAAGAUUUUUUUAUGCUCCUUCAUUUGAAAUUUAUGGUGGUGUCGCUGGUUUAUUUGAUUUUGGACCACCAGGUUGUGCUUUUCAAAAUAAUAUAAUAGAUGUAUGGAGGAAACAUUUUGUUUUAGAAGAAGAAAUGUUGGAAGUUGAAGCUACUAUGUUAACACCAUAUGAAGUUUUUAAAACUUCUGGUCAUGUUGAUAGAUUUUCAGAUUGGAUGUGUAAAGAUUUGAAAACUGGGGAAAUUUUUAGAGCUGAUCAUUUAGUUGAAGAAGUUUUGGAAUCAAGAUUAAAAGGUGAUAAAUUAGCAAGAGGUGAGACUAUAAUCGAAGAUGAUGAUGAUAAAGAUAAGAAGAAAAGAAAAAAGAAUGUUAAAGAAAUUAAAAAUGUUAAAUUAGAUGAUGAAAUAGUUGCAGAAUAUGAAAAUGUUUUAGCUCAAAUUGAUGGUUAUUCUGGUCCUCAAUUGGGUAAAUUAAUUGAAAAAUUUGAAAUUGGUAAUCCUGCAACUGGUGGAAAAUUAGAACCACCAAUUGAAUUUAAUUUAAUGUUUGAUACUGCAAUUGGUCCUUCAGGUAAUUUAAAAGCUUAUUUAAGACCAGAAACUGCACAAGGUCAAUUUUUAAAUUUCAACAAGUUAUUAGAAUUUAAUAAUGAAAAAAUGCCAUUUGCUUCUGCUUCAAUUGGUAAAUCUUUUAGAAAUGAAAUUGCUCCAAGAGCUGGUUUAUUAAGAGUUCGUGAAUUUUUAAUGGCUGAAAUUGAACAUUUUGUUGAUCCAGAAGAUAAAUCACAUCCAAAAUUUAAUGAUGUAAAAGAUUUAAAAUUAAGAUUUUUACCAAAAGGUGUACAAGAAUCUGGUUCAAAUGAAUUAAUUGAAAAAUCAAUUGGUGAAGCUGUUUCUUCCGGUAUGGUUGAUAAUGAAACUUUAGGUUAUUUCAUUGCUAGAAUUUAUUUAUUUUUAACUAAAAUUGGUACUGAUCCAAAUAGAUUAAGAUUUAGACAACAUAUGUCAAAUGAAAUGGCUCAUUAUGCAUCUGAUUGUUGGGAUGCAGAAUUAGAAACUUCUUAUGGUUGGAUUGAAUGUGUUGGUUGUGCUGAUAGAUCUGCUUAUGAUUUAAGUGUUCAUACUGCAAGAACAGGUGAAAAAUUAGUUGUUAGGCAAGCAUUACCAGAACCUAAAAUUGUUGAAGAAUUUGAAAUUGAUAUUGCUAAAAAGAAAUUUGGUCCAAAAUUUAGAAAAGAUGCUGGAAAAGUUGAAAAAUGGUUAACAUCAAGAACUCAAUGUGAAUUAGAAGAUUUAUCAAAAGAAUUGGCAGAAAAAUGUAAAAUAAAUGUUGAUAUACCUGAAGUUGGUGCAACUGAAGUUGAUUCAGAGUUAAUUAAAAUAGAAAAAAGAACUAGAACAGAACAUAUUAGAGAAUAUACACCAAAUGUUAUUGAACCUUCAUUUGGUAUUGGACGUAUAUUCUAUUCAAUUAUUGAACAUCAAUUUUGGGCAAGAAAUGAUGAUGCCGAUAGAGGUGUUUUAUCAUUACCUCCAUUAGUUGCCCCAACAAAAGUUUUGCUAGUUCCAUUAUCAAAUUCACAAGAAUUACAACCAAUUGUUAAAAAAGUUUCACAAAUUUUAAGAAAAGAAAAAAUACCAUUUAAAGUUGAUGAUUCAUCAGCUUCAAUUGGUAAAAGAUAUGCUAGAAAUGAUGAAUUAGGUACUCCAUUUGGUAUAACUAUUGAUUUUGAUUCUAUUAAAGAUGAAUCAGUUACUUUAAGAGAAAGAGAUUCAACUAAACAAGUUAGAGGUUCAAUUAAAGAUAUUGUAGAAGCUAUAAAAGAUAUAACUUACAAUGAUGUUAAAUGGAGUGAAGGUACUUCAAAUUUACAACCAUUUGAAUAG